AUGCUCUUGGACGCAGGACCACAGUAUCCGACCAUUGGAGUGACUACUUUCGGCUCCUCCAGACAUCACUCAACAGGCGAAGUUACAGACAGAGAAGUGGCUUUGGGGAUAAAUCCGUUCGCCGACGGCAUGGGCGCCUUCAAAAUUAACCACAGCUCUCACGAUCUUGGCUCUGGGCAAACGGCGUUUUCCUCGCAAGCACCCGGCUAUGCAGCUGCUGCCCUGGGACAUCAUCAUCACCCCACUCAUGUCAGCUCCUACUCCACCGCGGCUUUCAAUUCUACUCGGGACUUUCUUUUUCGGAAUCGGGGCUUCGGAGACGCUACCACAGCACAGCACAGUCUUUUCGCCUCAGCCGCGGGAAGUUUUGCAGGGCCACAUGGACAUUCUGAUGCCGCAGGACACCUGCUCUUCCCAGGACUGCACGAGCAAGCAGCGACGCACGCGUCCUCGAACGUAGUGAACAGCCAAAUGCGCCUGGGGUUUUCAGGGGACAUGUAUGGCAGAGCUGAGCAAUACGGUCACGUUACGAGCCCCAGGUCCGAGCAUUAUGCCUCCACUCAGUUGCAUGGCUAUGGCCCCAUGAACAUGAAUAUGGCUGCCCAUCACGGUGCUGGGGCCUUCUUUCGUUAUAUGAGACAACCGAUCAAACAAGAGCUCAUCUGCAAGUGGGUCGAACCGGAGCAACUGACAAAUCCGAAAAAGUCGUGCAACAAAACUUUCAGCACCAUGCAUGAACUGGUGACCCACAUCACAGUGGAACAUGUUGGGGGACCAGAACAAUCGAAUCACAUUUGUUUUUGGGAAGAGUGUUCGCGAGAAGGAAAGCCAUUUAAAGCCAAGUACAAACUUGUAAAUCAUAUCAGAGUGCACACCGGAGAAAAACCGUUCCCUUGCCCAUUUCCCGGCUGUGGAAAAGUAUUUGCCCGAUCGGAAAACCUUAAAAUCCACAAAAGAACACACACUGGCGAAAAACCUUUUAAGUGUGAAUUUGAUGGGUGCGACAGAAGGUUUGCAAACAGCAGUGACCGUAAGAAACACAUGCACGUCCACACGUCUGACAAGCCCUAUCUCUGCAAAAUGUGCGACAAAUCCUACACACAUCCCAGUUCCCUCCGGAAACAUAUGAAGGUUCACGAGUCAUCCAAUCAAGGAUCCCAACCGUCUCCAGCGGCCAGUUCUGGGUACGAGUCGUCUACACCUCCCACCAUCGUGUCUCCGUCGACAGAGAACCAGAGUAGCAGUUCAAUAUCGCCAGCAUCUUCGACAGUGCACCACACGACCAGUCACAGCACGCUGUCGUCAAAUUUUAAUGAAUGGUAUGUGUAA